AUGUCUUAUCUAACUCGUACCAUUAAAAAUUUAAUUAAAAUCGGACCCAAAGAAUAUUUUAUACAAAUGAUGUAUAUCGGCGACACUAAAGCUGGUACCCUUGUUGGAAUCGAUCAGUUUGGUAAUAAAUAUUAUGAGAAUAAAGAAGAAAUAUUUGGUCGUGAUCGCUGGGUUGACUAUGCACAGCAUUACGGAGAUGCUAGUCAGAUCCCUCCAGAAUGGCACAAUUGGAUGCAUAAGAUCGUUGAUACUCCACCAACCGUUGAUCCACGACCACAUCCUAAAUAUGUUCUUCCACAUACAGAGAAUUUAACGGGAACUCGAAAAGCUUACAGGCCAUACAACACGACGGCACCCAAAAUUACUGCGUGGGAACCGAAACCUUUUAAGAGGGCAUGA